AUGUCGAUCAUAGAAGCUAUUGCAACAUCGAAUGUCCUGAAUGACUCGGAUUCCAACCAGCUCUCGUCCCACGCUGAGUGUCCAAUUUCUAGGCCAACCGAUGCAGAAAAGUCGAGGAGACAUGUUGUCCUACCGCUGGAGAUCCUCGAGACUGUUAUCAAUCUUCACGCCGAAGAAGGGGACACAGAAACAGUCAAGGCGUGGGCUCUGACUUCACGGGCGCUUCUCCCUUCAUGCCGAUCUCACAUUUUCUCGACGAUAAAACUCCUCCCUGAUCCAUCACACCCAUACUGGACCGAAGAUACCAUAGUGCACAUCCAGCUUCCUCUCCUCAGGAAAUUUACGCGCGUUAUCGAGUCUAAUCCCGAUCUCGCAUUUUACGUUCGGACCCUCCACUUCUGUGUUCGACGCAUAGAUUAUCACAACGAGCUCCUCGCUCGAAUAUUACAGCGUCUAACUCAUGUUAAGAAGCUCGUAUUGAGUUCUAGAAUCCGGACGCGCGUCGAUCCUCGAUUAAAUUGGCGGGAUCUGUCCAAAGAGCUCCAGAGAGGACUACAGAGCAUCAUUCAAUCGCUUUCAUUGGUCGAUCUCCAUUUGAGUGCAAUAUUCAACUUGCCUGCAAUCAUCCUGGCCUCGUCAAAGAACCUUCGCCACCUGUCAUUGCACUAUACCGACUUCGUGGAAGUUCCCAUCUACCCCGAAGUUGAAGCGCCUGGCACCCUCUUAUUGACGUCUUUGACGAUCUCAAAUUUGUCAGCAAGAGGUGUCCGAGAUUUGAUAAAAAUCACCUUCGGCGACAUACCAUUAGUCGACCUCAGCCGCCUUUCUACAUUCAUCGUUCGACAGUCACAUCUCCAGGAGGUGACGGUUGCCGCCGAAGUUCUUCAGCUGUCUAACCACAUGCAGAACUUCUCUAUAACCGUCGAUCAAGGUCAUGGGUCAGUGUUUUUCCAGGGCAUGGUUAGACCCGGGACUCUAAAAACCCUCGAGACGUUUAAGGCGGUCAUUAUCAUCAGUUGGCAGGAUUCUCGAGCAGACCCACUCCUCGGCCUUUGCAAUGAGUUCGAUAAAUGGGGCGGAAGUAAUGUCCUGGAAAGAGUUGACGUUGUCGUCCACGUCGAAGAGGAUGCCUUCACACAAACUGGCGCUGUUUGGAGUAGGUUUAACACCCUGGCAGUCGAGGAUCGUUUCCCGGCCUUGCGGAAGGUGAUCUUGCACAUCCAGUUUGAAGAUCUGCGCACUCUGGCGGCGAUGGAUAUACACAAGGGUGACGAGUUUCAGGCCUUGAAGGCAACCGAGAGGGUAGAUUUCGAAUUUACGACUCGAGUGCUGUCGUCCGAGGCGAAUUUUCGCAGUAAGUGUUGCUGCGUCAAACCCUCGAUUUCGCUAAUGUCGUCUGCCAAGGCAGUUUAUCCGAUCCGAAUAUCUGGUAAAGGACCUGGACCAACAAAUGCUGGCGCGGACUUGAACCCGGGAGACAUGACGACAUCAGCGUAG